AUGGAUGCGGGUGCGGAAUUUGCAGACGAUGAGCGGGCAGUUGAACUCGCUUCUAUCGCUGCUAUCUACCCAGAAAUCGUCAUAGAUCCUACAUUGCCGUUUAAGGCAUCCUUAACGGUACCUGUCUCUCCGGUAUAUCCAGUCACUGUGGCCUUCGAAAAUGCACCGGCCGAUGCCGCAGCUCCUUCGAGAUCCGUGAAUCUGAAUGAUGCAAAUAAUAUGGAAAAUGGCGUACAAAGUAAUAUUGCAGGAACGGAAAGAAUUCAAACCUAUUCGAUCUCGCAUUUUCCUCCGUUGCUCUUGAAGAUAGAAUUGCCGGAGCUAUAUCCCGCUCAGGAUGCGCCCAAAUUUACUAUAUCAACGAGCCCUGAAUGGCUACCUGUGCCUACAAUAUUUAAGUUGGUGUCACAAGGCAAGAAACUUUGGGCGGAGUGUGGAAAGGAUUUGGUCGUUUACUCCUAUAUCGAUCAUCUCCAACUCGAGGCAGAAUCUGUUUUCGGACUCCUCCCUAAACAAAACUCUGCGUUGAUAUUUCCGGAGAAAUUGAAAAUUCCUCUACUAGACUUCGAUUUUCGUGUUAAGCGAGAGAAGUUUGAGCAAGAAACGUUUGUUUGCGGUGUUUGCCUAGAGCCAAAGAAAGGGAAAGUUUGCCAUCGGCUUCAGCAGUGUUCGCAUGUUUUCUGCGUCGCAUGCCUGCAGGACUUCUACAACGCCUGUAUUGGUGAAGGAGAUGUUGAUAGUGUCAAAUGCGUUGAUCCAAGUUGUGGGAAGGAGAUUAAACCCACCUUGCCAAAUGAUCAAGCUGACGCGCAAAGAAUCCCAAGGCGUCAUCGAAAGCCAGAUCUGUGUCUUACACCUACCGAACUCCUUGAAAUACCAAUCGAACCCCAGGUCGUUCAACGUUAUGCUCAUCUGAAACGAAAGCUCAAAUUGGAAGCUGAUAAGUCUGUCGUAUAUUGCCCGCGGAAAUGGUGUCAGGGUGCCGCGCGUUCAAAACGUUUCCCAAAGCCAACUGAUCCGAUGAAUAUCAGCAACUUGGAACUAUCAGACGACGAAGAUGAGGCAAAAACAUUCGAUCCUCUCGGUUCCGAAGACCAACUUCCACCUAUGGAAAAACGCCUAUCGAUAUGCGAGGACUGUGAAUAUGCGUUUUGUUCCGUGUGUAAAAGGGGUUGGCACGGACCCAGCGUGUACUGCUACCCUAGACGCACUGCCGAGCUUACCUUGGAGGAGAAAGCGACGGAAGAUUAUAUGCAGCUCUACACCACACGUUGCCCAACCUGCGACUUCCGAUGCCAAAAGUCCACGGGCUGCAACCACAUGAUCUGCUCCCGAUGCAAAACGCAUUUUUGCUACUUGUGCUCCAGCUGGCUAUUUGGUGCCAACCCGUACCAGCAUUUUAACGAACGAUCUAGCGGUUGUUACAUGAGACUGUGGGAACUUGAGAGAGGAGACGGAGCCGGCGGCCCGGAUCAAGAGCAGCCGGCAAACGACUUUUGGGAUGAAGCUUCAGAUAACGAAGAAGACGAGGAACAUGGAGCGUGGCAAUUUGCCCUGGGAUUGAACCAUAACAACGUUCAUCCUCCCGCCGCUCCCGAUCCUCCACACGCCGGCCCACCACGAGCGAUCCCCCCGGGCCCUGGCCCCGUCCAACGCCAGCAGCCAGAGCCGCGCAUAGAGAUUGUAUUACCACACCGAGAACGUCCUGUCGUCGACCAAACUCCGGAUCGUGCUGAACCACCUCCUGCUGCUGCCCGGAACGAGGCCGGUGGCCAAGGGCAAGCUCGAGCUCAGCACCCCCAUGCACCGGCUCCAGAACAGCGACGUGGACUCCAAAGAUUUUUAUACUUGGUCCAACACGAUCAAGAGGAUGAAUGGGACAGUGAUGAAUUGGACGACGACUUUUAG